CACCGCUGUGUAAACUAUGUUUCUUUGUUAUACAGAGAAGAGAGUACAGACAUAACUCUCUCUCUUUUUUCUCAUUGCCUUUUUAUGUCUUUAUCUUUGAGCUUUGAUAUCUUUCUUUUCAGGCUAAUGUUUACAUUGAUUUUCAAGCUUUGACAUGUCCCUCGGGAACCACGACGAGUUAAUCCAACGGUUUAGAAUAAAGGGUAUCAACUCACGAAAGGCGAUAGUAGCCUUUGGAUUAUUUGCAUCUUUUUUCUAAGCAUCUCUCUUCUCUCUUAUACUUGGUAGGAGUAGUAUUUUUUUAUUAAAAAAAUUAUUGCCUUCAUUUUUCACUCAUUUUGACUGGAACGCCACUUCCUUUCCCCUCUAUAUAAGUCUUUCCACCCUCCCUCUCUCUCAUCAUCCUUUACUUGAACACUCAAUACCUCUGUGCAGAACCUCAUCUGUCUUCUAUUUCUCAAGCUAACUAUUGUCGUUGUCUCCUCUCUCUUCCUCUGUCUAAUUACAAUGGCUGAGCAGACGCCUUCAAAGCGCCAAAGAGAAGAAGAAACCCAGAGUUUAGAUCAAGAAUAUGUUGAAGAAUCAAAACGCCAUAAGUCAUAUAACCACAUACUCUCUUUGCUUGAAGCAGAAGAGGAUGAGCCGAACCAAGAUUUGUCUUCUCUCAUCACAACUUUACAACAAGAACUCUCGUCUGACUCUGUUUCAGAUGACUCUCUUCCUGCCUACCAAACAACCACCCUAGAAGCUGACCCUGAAAACCUUUCAAUAACAAUAGCAGCAGCGUCAGCUGCCAAUACCAUGGGUAGCAACUUAGAAGACGACACGUCAGCAACUUCUUCCUUGAAAGAUGAGGAUCAUCAGGACGAUGAUAAAGAGCGAGUCAUAAGGCAUCUGCUUGAAGCUUCAGAUGAUGAGCUAGGGAUUCCAAAUAGAGAAGAUGGUGUUGGUGUUGAAGUUGUAGACUUUGAAGAAGGCUGUAACAAUGACGGAAAUGUGUUUGCUUUAUGUGAUGGGUUAUGGGAACUUGAAGAUGAGGCUGCUAAUUACUAUACUUUGUUGCAGUCUGAACUCUUUACGGCUAGAGAUGGGACUUUGUAAGGAUGAAAAUAGAAGCGGAAAGAAGUGGUAGGGGUAAAAAAGUAGAAAAGGGAAAAAUGGGGAGUGUGUGAGAAAUUUCGAAAAAAUGAAGGCGUUUUUUGGGUUAAUUCAUUUUGGAAUCCUCCCUCUCUUUGAAAAUAUCAGAACUUUCCCUGUGUUUCUUUCGAAAAUUAAAUCGUAGAAAAAGGAAAUUGACUAAUAUUUUAUCCCAAAUGUCCCAUUAUUUCAUCCAAUGUCAAUAUUGAUAUGGGCACCCAACCCAUAAUAAAUUAAAUUAAAUUGAAAAGGGUAAAUAUAAAUUAAAAAAUAACACAUAAAAGCCACUCUACGAUUCGAGUGGUCUUAAGCUACAGUUCACUUUAGCUUUCUACUCUUACUGCUUGAGACGAUAAUCAGGCUUUUGCCUUGUUCCUUCAUUUAUUGGAUACCCUAUUUUUUUUACUUUAUUUGUUGGGUUUUUAACCUUUUGUUCGUGAAUGGUGUGACAUAUUUUACUC